UAGGAAGUGGGCGAGGUUUGCACACCUCUGGGAUGGUACUGGAUCACAUUUGUAGUGUAGGCGUCUUGAAGGGAGAUACAGAAUAACCGGGCGUCAAAAAUGCAUCCCAACAGAACAUGGACCGGCUUUCCUCGAUGGCUGAAACUCAUUCACGAAGCGAAGUGACUCCAAACUGUCAAGGGAAUCUGACUGCGUUGCAUUCACGUCCGGUUUAGCCAAUUAAACUUGCUCCUUUCGGAACGACAGAUUAUUCUUGCGUUGUUUAUAAAAUGGAAAGCAACAGAACGGGACGAGUCGGCUUUUUAGCGCACACUUUAAAGAGGUUUCAUCUGACCGUGGUGUUUUUAUGUUUGUGUGUUUUAUCAGCUCAUUCUUAUGAAUGUCCGGAUGGUUGUGUGUGUGAAGACAGUUCUGUGAUCUGCGUGGGCAUUGGGGAGAUCAAACUGCCCUUAGAGGUGUCCAGUAGGACGCAAAAUUUAACUUUACAAGGAUACACUCUCGCAAACUUAACCGAGAGAGCGUUUUCACCAAACGGGACAAAUAUGGAGCUGCGCGCGCUCUCGUUGCGGCGCAACAACAUACAUGUGAUCGAAAGUUGCGCUUUCUGUGGACUCCACGGACUUCAGACCCUAGACCUGAGCCUCAACUAUUUAACAAUCUUGUCUCCCGAGGCUUUUCUCGGCUUGGGAGAUCUGCUUAAUCUUUUCCUUAACAAUACGCUAAUGGCUUCGGGCGCCGCGCAGUUACCGAGCGCGCUUUCCACGCACAGUUUGCGCAAACUUUAUAGGCUGGAACUGGCGGGGAACGGUUUGAAAACAGUGCCUCUUCAUGGAUUUGGCAACCUCGAUUUAACUACAUUAGUACUGGCGAAUAAUACUCUCGAGACUCUGGAUAAAACCAAUAUAUCAAACUUUGAAGCGUUCAAGAAAAUACGCGUUUACUUAUCGACGAACCCUUUCAGGUGCGAGUGUGAACACAAGGAGUUCUAUAGAUGGUUAAAGAACAGCUCGCAGUGCGCGGACGCGAGCGGCGUGUUCUGCGCGCACCCCGAUGAAAAGAAGGGGUCUCUGGUGGAGAAGAUGGUUUGCAAGAGCAGCGACCUGGAUGCCGUUUCCUACGUGUUCCUCGGUAUUGUGUUGGCCCUCAUCGGAGUUGUGUUCCUCAUGGUGUUGUACUUGAACAGACGAGGCAUCAAGAAGUGGCUCAAUAACAUCAGAGAGGCGUGCCGGGAUCAGAUGGAGGUGUAUCAUUACAGAUAUGAACAGGACUCCGAUCCAAGGCUAGCAAACGUUGCCGUUUAAGCGGAACUUGGUGACUUGAUCAUCUCCUUGAACUAUUGGAUAGUUGGAUCUCAUUACCUGGCAGUUUUAGCCAACGCUGGCUCUUUUUUUCCAAUUAAAAUAGUUGUAAAUAUGAGUGUAAAACAAUACAAUUUUUGCGCUUUAAUUUUUGUGCUUUAACGCUUUAAUUUUUUGCAUAAACAACUUUCCCUAAUAAUAGGAACAAAAAAAAUGGUUCUUCAAUGGCACCGCUGUAAAGAACCUUUUAAGAACCUUUAUUUUUAAGAGUGUAAUACUCCAAAGUGGACAUUAAUGUGUUCGUUUAAAUACACAGGUUGAUGUUCAGCUCAAAAUGUAGAUGUAGAAGUGAAUACAGGGUGGGUGGAUAUGCAUGUGACCACAAUUUUUCUAUAAGUCCAUAUAAAUGGUAUGCAGUGCCAAGUCCAGUUAAAUCUUGAUCUGGAAUAAGACACAGUGUGAUUCUGCAUUGAGAGUCCAAUUUUGGCAAUGUUUGAUUCUAGGCCUUCAUGACGUUGUUUAUUUCUAGAGAUUUGAAAAUGUACAAAUUCUGACUUGCAUAAACUCUUUGCAUAUUUACACCUAUAGUGAUGCUGCCCGUUAUCUUGUAAUGUAAUUAUAUCAUAGAGCAGUGACACAACAGUGAAGGAAUGACUUGCAUCCUCAAUAAAGCUGAAUAUUUUUUCUUGCUUAUUUAGUCUUUUUGUCAUUCUGC